AUGGCAUCUGGACUCGCACCAAACCUUCACAGUCACCUCAUAUUUCGCUUUCUGGCCGGGUUUUUCGCUUCUACCCCACUAAGCUGCGCCGGUGGCACAGUCGCAGAUCUAUGGAACCCGGUGGAGAAGGCCUAUGCGUUUCCUGUCUACGCCAUACCGGCAUUUUCAGGGCCGAUGAUCGGUCAGAUGAUUGGAAGCUACGUUCCAGUCAAAUUAGGCUGGCGCUGGCUAGAAUGGACAAUGCUUAUAAUGGGAGGCGCGGUUCUGGUUCUGGUCCUCUUGUUUCAGCCAGAGACCUACGGCGAUCUUAUUCUCCAUUGGAAGGCCUCAAUACUUCGAAAAGAGACUGGAGAUCAGAGAUACAGAGCUCCUAUGGAGAUGAAAUGCGAGAGCCUAGGCCAGCGUCUAAAGUUCUCUGUGUACCGGCCCUUUGCGAUGUUCUACUCCGAACUGAUCAUCGUCUUAGUCUCGCUCUACUUGACGAUUAUCUACAUCGUCCUGUUUACCUUUUUAGAGGGCUUUACCUAUGUCUUUGGCAAAACAUAUGGCAUCUCAGAGGGUCUGACUAGUCUUUGCUGGACUGGUAUGCUAAUUGGAACCUUGCUCGUCAGCUGCGUGGUGCCAGUAGUCUACAAUUGGACUGCUAAGGCCUUUGUUCGAGAGGAAUCCCCUGCCGUUGCUCCUGAGAUGAGACUCUGGUAUGCAAUGCUUGGUGGUGCACCAGCGGUGCCGAUCAGUUUGUUCUGGAUGGGAUGGACUAGCAACCCCGAGAUUUCGAUUUGGUCUCCUCUCAUCGCAUCUGUCCUCUUCGGCUUUGGCAUCACAACUACCUUCAUUGUUUCAUACAUGUAUCUCAUCGAUUCAUACGGUACAUAUUCCGCUUCCGCACUAGGAUUCCUUGUGUUCACGCGAUAUGUGGUUGCGGGAGGUGUGACUAUUGCUGGUGGUCCAAUUUAUCAGUCUAUCGGAGUGCAGUAUACACUCACGAUACUCGGAUCUAUCAGUGCAGUUAUGGCCUGUGUGCCCUAUCUGCUAUACACAUACGGACCGAGGAUCCGCAAGAACAGCAAAUACGCGGUCAAUAUCGACACGAAGUGA